AUGCCUGACAUCGAUUCCCCAGGCGACGAUUCCGCCCAGCGGGCGCGCGAACACGACGAAGACGCAACCGGUGCUCAUCAAGAUGGAGAUGGCAACGACUCAGACAAGGACUCGGAUCUGCUGUCGGAAAUUGACGAGGAGCAGUUUGACAAUUACGACCUCGACUUGGAAGCCCAGCCUGUCGACAUUGAUGAAAAUGUGGCAAAGACCCUGAAAGCGGCAAAGAGAAAGCGGACGGACGUCGAGACGGCAAAGAAGCCAAAGGAAGGCCGGAGGCCAAAGAAGCGGUCACGUCCCAACGAUGAAGUCGAUGCAGCAGAUGACGACGAGGGUGAGCGUAGGCCCCGCAAGGCGCGCACCGAAGGCGAGCGGCGCACUUCUGCCAGGAAAGAAGCCCCGGCACAGGCGAAGGAGGAUGACGAGUCCCUCACGCCCGAGGAGCGUAGACGGCGUGCAUUAGAUCGCGCCAUGGAUGCCGCCGUCAGAAAUCCGACCAAGCGGAGAAGAAAGAAGGAUGACAUCGAUCUCGAAGAUCAAAUCGAUGACCAAAUCGCGACGCUCAAGGUUGCGAUGGAGAAGGCGUGCGUGGCAGAUAACGAGGCGCGCGAGCAGGGUCAGCCUGCAGUGCACAAACUCAAGCUUCUCCCACAAGUCACCGCGCUUCUCAACCGGACCGCGAUCCAAGACUCUGUUCUCGACCCCGAGACGAACUUCCUGCAGUCUCUCAAGUAUUUCCUGGAGCCUCUCAACGACGGCAGUCUGCCAGCAUAUAAUAUUCAGCGGGACAUCUUUACGGCCCUUGCGAAACUUCCCGUCGGCAAAGACUCGUUGCUGAGCAGCGGCAUCGGCAAGGUGGUGCUCUUCUACACUCGCAGCAAGCGACCCGAGGUUGGCAUCAAGCGUAUCGCGGAACGAUUGUUGGGCGAAUGGAGUCGUCCUAUCCUCAAGCGGACCGACGAUUACAAGAAGCGUCAUGUAGAGACCCGAGACUUUGACUUCAACGCCGCCAAGCUUGCUCAGCGACAAGAGGCCGCCGUCGGCGGCUCACAGAUGACGCUCACCCAGCGUCCAGCUGAAAAGACGGCCUACGAGCUUGAACGGGAGCGGCUUCUCGCCCCCGAGCCGCUCAAUUCUAACCGUGCUCGACCUUCUGGCCUCCCCGCCAGUUAUACUGUUGCGCCACGGAGCACAUUCGAUGGUGUUCGGGGGCCUAACCAUCGGCCUAUUGGGUCUGGUGGCCUGGAGGCUUUCCGGAAGAUGACCCAGAAGAAGGGAAGACGCUGA